AGCGGACGCCGUACUACCCGGAGGGCCUUCCACCUAACCCUGACAAACCCAAGGGACAGCAUACAACGCCAGCUUGGCAUCUUUCUCUACAUUACUCUUUUCCUUCCUUGUAAUCGGGGCAUCGCCCCAACGGCCACAGGUGCAGCAUUCAUUCGCGACCUACCACCAGCAGCCCCUCAAAAUGCGCUUCCUUGCUGUCCUGGAAAUGAUCGUGGCUAUGAUGAUCGUUGGAAUUGAGCUUACCAUAUGCCAUUACGUUCUUCACUGUUUUCAUUCUAUCCAGCUUCGUCGUUACGUGCUUCUCGGAUUCACAUAUGCGCAGUGUGCUCACCGGGUCUAUCAUAUCGUUUAUGUUGCCCUAUGCGAGGUACCAAUCCGACGAAUCAAUAACCGGGCUUGUCUGAAGUUCAUCUUCAAGAUCCUAUAUCGAACGGUAGUUUCUGGGCUCGUGGAGGUUGCAUGGUAUGGUGAAAUGGAAUUGUGGGACAAGAUUGAAGCCGUGGCGAUACGAGACGUACAAAAACUACGGGAAGAGAUCGCACAAUUGAAGGAAGAGCGUUUGCUCUCAAGCUGUACACAUGUGCAGCAGAGCGUACAUGAGCCAGAUGUCAUGCUUCCCUCCGGACUUGCAGCAGUCGUUGACGAGGUCAUCAACGCUCUCACGAUCACCUACGUGGAACCAAUGUUCACAGCUGCGUUCUUUCCAAUCGACAUCACCACCCUUCUUUUCGAAAUAAGUGUAAUGCUCAGACACGUUCCAACGGCUGCAUAUACCCGUGCAUUAUCCAUCAGUCCUUCCAGACUCCUCGCGAAUAUGGUGCGAGACAUGACUGAAAUUGCGAAGCUUAUCGUGGAGCAGUGCCACAACCCAGCGGCCACCACUCUACCCACUGAAGGACACGUGCUUGCUAUGAGGCAAAUGGCAGGUCGGAUCGUCAGCUCUCUUACUCGCUCCGAGGAUCAAGUCCACGGUGUUUUGAGGGCCAUCAUGAACAAUGGCGUGGAAAGGCUACUCGGGGAUGGGUUGAAUGUCAUAGCUAAUUGGGACUGGAUUUGUGAGUGUAUCAUUGCAGCUGAUGAUAAGCUCACAAAUGACGAUUAUGCCGGCGAUUUUCUCAACACCAUACCUCCUGCUUUGGAGACACAGGAUGGUGAGGAAGAACCUGAAAGUCUAAUGUGCGUCGAGUUCUUGGCCUUGAAUGAUGAAUUUGGGUAUGGAGAGAAAUGUGAGACACAGCAAUUAACGGACUCUGACACCACCAUCACCGCCGUUGCGCAGGAUUCUCCUUCUGAGACACCCGCGUCGUCGUGGUCUCUUCAGCCUUCUCCGAAUUUUGCCCAGCAGGAGGAGGAAGAGGAGCAUGAGUGGGGUGGGGAACCAGAAGAAGAGGCUCGGGACGGACUCAAUGAGGUCUUUACCGAUUGUCAUGUUGCUCGCACUGUCCGCGUAAGCUACCUACCGGACAAGAACAAGAAAAGACCGCUAUUGAUCACGGUCCUCCUCAAAGGAACCGAGAUUAAGGAGGCUGAAAGGCGAUACUCCUACAAGAACCUCAAAGCGUUUGAGAAGAAGGUGGCCAAACGUGUUGGACCAUUGCCUUCCAGAGAAAAUGUUGUCGGACUACAGGCUUGGUUACAGGCACUUAUUGACAAUGUUCUCUCUGAGGAGCGCUGUGUGCGUGAAUUCUUCGGCUUGUGCAACAAGAAGCGGUUGAGCAUCAGCCUCAACAGCGUCCGUAUGUUCAGAGGCAAGAAAAACACGAGCGAGGAAGAUUUCGAAAGUGACAAAGCUCGGGCGUCUACCGAAUUGACACCGGAAUCCACACCUCGAAGGAGUUUUGCGUCCAUUUUCCGGAGUAGUCGACAGAGUAGUCCACGGGAUAGUAUGGAGAAGACCCUCGUUGACAGUGAGCAUGACCCGGAGGAGCCCAAACCGAUUCCGAAGUCUGGUUUGACGCUACAACCCCCGGCCUUCACGCCGCUCAAGAAAUGGGAAAUUGAGCCCAUCCGAGAUCUCGCCCUCGAUGUUCUGAAACGUAUUGGUGACUUCCGAGGAGGAAUUCGGGCCAGCAUCAUUGCGAAAUGCAGUGCAUGGCUUCCGCUCGACGCGUACAUCGUCAAGCGUAUCAAUUUCCAUCUCGAGGCUAUCGUAUCCACCAUCACUGAAGAACGCAUUAUUCAUCUCCUCGAGAAAGUCAAGGAACUCAUUUUGGCGAAAGAUGUAGAGAAGAAGACAUAUACGGAUGAGGAGAGGAAGGAGUUGAGGAGGAAAGCGAGGGACGUGUUAGGACGAAAUAAGAUGUUGAAGUAUCUUGUGGAGGAUGUCAAUAUCGCUGCGUUCUGGGACGCAUUUUUUGUCACUAUGGAGGACGAGAGGGUGGUUAGAGCUGCAGUUGUGAUGGGCGUGGAGAAGAUCGUGAACAGGGUGUUUUGAUCGUAUUUGCAUGGCAUAGACAUACUGGCGU